AUGGGUCUUCGUGUUGGACUUGUACUAGCCAUAGUCAGCUGUGUGACAAACCCCGGUCAGACCGGAAGUAGUGGGAAGACGGAUGUAGGAGCAAAGAAGCUGAGCAGUGAUUCUGGCCGAGUUUCGAAAUUGACGAACCCGAAGCGAAAGUCUUCACAGGCAUUCGUCUCAAAUACUAAGAAAGAGGCUAUGAUUGAGCCGACAGAGGACCCUUCAUGGGAGGAGGUAUACCGGAACUGUCUGGAUAUGCUCGAUGAGGCCGACCAAGACACCCGCCACCUGAAUGCGACCUUCGGCAAAGAGAGGCAUAAAGCCUCGAAUUCCAUACAGAAGCUGCGUACGGAACUACAGCAAGCCACCGCGGACAAGGAACAGACUGAGAGGCGUUGCGGGGAGCUCGAGAAUAAGGUCGCACAGUUAAAGCAACAGAAUAAGACUUCAAUUGCCCGCUCUCAGGACCAAGUGCCGUGGACUAAGGUUCAAUCCAUCCUCGACGGAAUCCGUACCAAUAUCCUCGCCACUGCCUAG